CUUAUUUGUCUCGCGAGAUUUGACAACAGUGACAGAGCGCACAGCGUACUUCCGGGAAGAAAUGGCAUCUUUGGACAGGGUGAAAGUGUUGGUUUUGGGAGAUUCUGGAGUAGGGAAGUCCUCUCUUGUACAUUUACUUUGCCAGAAUCAAGUUUUGGGGAACCCGUCAUGGACUGUGGGCUGCUCAGUGGACGUCAGGGUCCAUGAUUACAGAGAAGGCACUCCAGAAGAGAAGACAUGCUACAUUGAACUGUGGGACGUUGGGGGAUCUGUUGGCAGUGCCAGCAGUGUUAAAAGCACCAGAGCUGUGUUUUACAAUUCUGUUAAUGGUAUUAUUUUAGUUCAUGAUUUGACCAACAAGAAAUCCUCCCAGAAUCUGUACCCCUGGUCACUGGAGGCACUGAGCAAAGACUCCUCUCCAACUGGCAUCAUUGUAUCAAAUGGGGAUUAUGACAGAGAGCAGUUUGCAGAGAACUCAGUUCCCCUCCUGCUUAUCGGCACCAAAUUUGAUCAGAUCCCAGAAAACAAGAGGAAUGAUGUGCUGACCCGCACUGCCUUUCUAUCUGAAGACUUUAAUGCAGAGGAGAUCAAUUUGGACUGUACAAAUCCACGGUAUCUUGCUGCUGGAUCAUCAAAUGCUGUUAAGCUAAGCCGAUUCUUUGACAAGGUAAUAGAGAAGAGAUACUUCACAAGAGAUCCUAGCCAGAUGCAGAGUUUCACCGACAGGAGGCGCUUUAAUUUCAAAAGUCUGCACUAUGAUUGAGUGUACAAAUAUACUUUGGAUUGGUGGGUUUAGUCAUGUUUGUAACCUGGAAAGGCAUAUUAAAAUUAUUUUGUCAUAGUGUUCCUUUGCAAAGGCCAAUCAGUUUUAGGGCUGUUUUUGAAUGACUUUUAACAUUAACCUCCAGCUUGCCAUGACUGAAUGAUUUAUGUGAAUUGAUCAUCUUCUCUAUUCUGAGAUAUUUGUAUUUUCAUAUGUGAUGGUAAAAAAUACGGACUCAAUGAAAUAGUCCUUCUCUUCCCUUCACAAGUUUACUGUUCGUACUAAUGGGGUGACAUGGAUCCCACUUUUUUUCUUCUUCUUUUUAGUAAAAGGUAACGUAAACGGUUUCCCUGUUUGUAGUAUAAUUUCAGGAGAUAUGACAGGGUUUUUAUUAAAAAAACAAUUUCUGCUUAAUCUUUAGGAUUGGCUAAUUACCUGUCAUCUGAAGGAAGAAAUUAAUAUUAUCAUAGAUUUUUGUAAAUUAAAAUAAUUCACAAUUCUUUGCUAUAUUAGCAAGCUGUUAAUAUUGUGUAAAGGUUCAUCUGAAUAAAGUGUUUGACUCUUC